AUGGCCUCGCUUCGAGUUCUCGCAUUUGAUCAUGAGGGUAGACCAGUUCAGUUUGACACGUGGCUCGAAGAUCUGCAGCUGUACCUACUGAGCGAUAUUAAGGACGGUGUUUCCCUGUUUGACCACAUGUCCGGUGCUGCUACUACCCCUCCCACCACAGCUGACAGUGCAACUCGCUCACAGGACCACUUCCUCUCUCUUGACCCCACCUCCCUCACUGUUGACCUCCUCGAGCAGCAUCUCCUUGCAGCUGAGACUAGUGCAGUUGCUGUAGGUGCUGCUCGUGGCACUCCGCGCCCCCCCUUCUUUGAGGGGUGCUCCCCCUCCCCCCUUACCCCCUCCUACGCCUCUGCUGCUGCUGCAGACGUCUCUGUUGCUGAGGACGUCGGGGCUGCUUCUGCUAGUGCGAAGCGCCGCAGCGGCAAGGGCAAGGGUGGCAAAGGUGGUGGAGGUGGCGGCGGCGGUGGUGGAGGUGGCAGCGGGAGUAGUGGUGGGGGCAAGCAGUGGAGGUAG